AUGGAGGGAGACGCAAGUACUGGCAUGGAGGUGGCGGAGGUCCCGGCGCCUAGUGAUCGCCCCAGGAGCACCAGUCCAGGUUGGCAAGUCGUAGGCAAAGGGAAGCGAGGGCCCAAGGGAAGUCCGGGAAAGGGCAAAGGUGGCCCAUCGAAUGAUGCUCCGCCUCGCCGCGUCUCUUUUCAGGCACCAGUUGAGCAGUCCCCACCUCAGACUCAGGUGGAAGCCACUUUGCUGGCGCAGCUGAAAGCACUAGUGACACAGUGUGAAGCCACUGGCACGAAGGGCCUUCUUAGCAAGCUUAAGGCGCUGGCUCAGGGUGGCGGUAAGUCUAGGAAGGAUGCGCAGGGCCCUCAGGGUCAGCAAUCCUGGGCGAUUGACACCAAGUGGUGGCCGGGAGUUCUCAGCUCGGCAGCUACGCUAGAUCAGUCACUAGAGGAAGGCGAAGAGCCCGGCGACAACGUGGCUGCCACUGUUACCCUCGAGCAAGCCAAAGCGUUGAUGGGGCUAGCUAAGGUCCAUGAACUCAAGAGCAAAGUUGCUCUGAUCAUCAAGGACUGGCAUGGACCCAAAGCGCCGGAGGGGCUCACAGCCACCAAGACAUGGAUCCGCCUUGCUGAUAGCAAGUGGAAAGAGGUGUGGACUACAGCUCUCGCCCAAGAUCUUCCGACGUGGGGAAGCGUUCCUAAGGUUGUCGAAUGCAAAACGGUUCCUGAGCAGAUCAAGCAAGCUACCCUCAAGGUCAUCAUUCCCAAGGCCUUCCAACCUCCUUGUGACUGGGAUGAGUUGUGUCGCAAGCCCGCCUCAGCUGUCAGAACUUUGCUGCCGGAAGCUCUGUCUGUUCGGAGCUACGGUUGGCACUUGCUCGAGCAGAGAGACGAAGCAAUCUGCGGUUUCCUCAAGCUCCCUGCUGAUAAGUCUCCUUUGGUCCUCGCGAACUCAGGUGCCAAAGGUUUCUUUGUUAAGAGGAUUGACGGUCAGGCCGACCCAGGCCAGCGAGUCCCGAUCAAGUGGAUCCCUCACAACAAGCUUAAAGCCCAGGCCUACUUUGCUUUGGCGAAGCGCGAGGCCGACAAAGCCAAAACUUCUCUGGCUUACAGAUCAGGUGGAGGAUCGUGCUUGGGACUCAUCGGUAUCCCUGCGGGUGAGAACGGUUCCGAAGCCGCCCUCCUCAAACGUGAGAUCGACAUGGAUGAAAAGCGCGGUGCCAAAAACAUCCGUAACGCGGGCAAUGCCAUGAGGCAAGGAGCUGUAUCUACCAAGGUCCAGGAGAAGAUCGCUAAGGUGGCUCUCUCGCUCCGUACGAAGGCUACAGACUGGCUAGAGAACAACCAGGGUGCCUGGGUGCUCGAGUGGUACUCGGAGCCAUUCCUCAGGUCACAGGCGGGUCCUCCCUCUGACGAUGGAUACGUUGAAGGGCCCAAGAACGGUGUUGCCCCCCCGAAAGUGGACGGGCGGAGGGCUCUCCUCUCCAGCGAGACUCUCGUUCCGAGUCUGCUGCUUGGCUCCGCCCAGCUGACACGGCUCGUGACGGUUGGCAGCUCUGGUGGAGAUGUGAAGAACCGGGUGUCCGCGACUAGAGGCCCUCGGGUUCAGAGUAAGAUGGACUCCGCUACAAAGAGAAAGGUGCGUGAAGCGAAGAUUGCCAAGAAGAAGGCUUUUCAGGGCUGGAAGCACUCUGAGUCGUCGUCGUCGUCCAGACCUCAAGUGGGAACGCACGGUUUGCAGUUGACGGAAGUUGAGGCUCCUGCUAAGGGCGCUAAGUUGCUUUGGUGGGUUUGCCCCAUCCCGAACUGCGGUUUUCAGGUUCACAGAAUCGUGGGACAGCAGGGCCACUCACAAACCAAGGACAUCCACCUUCGCAAAGCGCACGGCAUGGCCAAGGCCUUUCCCCUCACGAAGGCGGUGUCUUUGCAGAACACCCACAAUCGUUUGCUGAAGGCUCGGGAGGGUCAAAACCUCAAGUGGACGGCUUUCAUCAAGACUUUUAAUAAGAGAAGAUGGAAGGGCAGCCAUCACAUUGAGGUGGAGCCGUCGCUCUACAAACCCGCCAAGAUCAAGGACGGUAGCACCAUUCACGUCCCCUGGCACAAGUGCCAGGCCUGUGGCGUCCUGGUGAAUCGCAGCUGGCUCCAGCACGCCCCGUGUUUCGCGGUGCUUAACCACGGCAACAAGCUCCCCCCCCCUGAGAAGCGCAAGAAGGUUUGGAAUGCCUGCCAGGCGGUUGGGAAGCAAGCAGUCAAGGCGUUGUCCUGCAGCCUUUGCAAAGGGCUUAACGGGCAGCGCAUUGGGGAGGCCCAAAAUCCGGGUCCCGCUCACCCCAGAAUGAUUACCAUUUGGAAUCAGAACAUUGCCAGCUGGAAUCAAAAUGGGGAGGCGGUCUUGAAAACGGCCCUUGAUGACAACAUUCAGGUCGUUUGUUUUCAGGAGUUGAACCUCUCAGAUGCUGCGCUCUCAGGCGCCAGAAAUACGGCCCGCCGCUCAGGAUGGGAAAUGUACGUGGCUCGGCAGACGGGCAAGCGUAGAGGUGGCGUAGCCAUCUGUGUCCGUGAGCCCCUCGGCGUAUCCGAAGUCAAAAGCGAGUGUGCAGCUCAGUUCCAGUUUCUCAGGGCCACUGUUCAUGGAGCUGCCUCUCCAGUCACGGUGAUCUGCGGUUAUCGUGUGCCGGACGAAGACACAGGUUUUCUUGAGGCCCUUAACACUCUGGUUCAGGGCGCCUCCUGUCAUGACUGGAUCGUUUGCCUUGAUGGUAACCAGAAUCAAUUGGAGGGUCCCAUUCAUGAUCUUCUCUCUACGGAAAGAGCUAGCAUUGCGGCUGUGGCUCGCCACAAUCGUAGUGUCCAUCCCAUCGACGCAAUAUGGGUUUGUGAACGGCUGCAGGUCUCCUGCUCCUCUGAGCUCCCGGGCCUUGGAGACCACAGCAUCGCCAGUUGCACUCUUCAGGUUUCGUUUCAGAACGGCCCUCGAGCCUGGAGAAUGGCCAAAACUAGAGCAUACAAACCUUUAGACCCGUCGAGUGGCGACCAGCAGGGUCCUGCGCCGCAGUGGCCUCUCAGCGCCUGCAGCUUGGAUGCCUCUCCCUCGGUUGAGUCCAAGUGGCGGCUCUGGUCUCAGGCGGCUGAGGAAUGGCUGGUUCUCUCGAAGUGCGUGCCUCAGGAGCGUAGCGAGAGGCCUCUUGGUAGCAUGCCUAAACUGCGUACGGCAGCUCACGCUGCCGGGCUUGCGCAGUCUCUUGAGGAGCGGCAGAUCCGCAGAAUCUUGCGGCGUUUCAGAGAAGCCCACGUUCAAUCCUGGAGAAGCAACGCCGUCGACCCGGGUUUAGUCAAGAAGCUGCUCAGGACUCCUCUGCAGGCAGAGGAGAGGCAGGCAGUCGCUCAGGGCCGCUGGGGCCUCGCAGUUUCCCUGGCCCAGAAAAGGCUGCGCGCCCAGCUUGCUAAGGGGCAGGCUAAGGCUUUAACCGAGUGGAAGCAUCGCGUCCACUCUCUGUCGGGAGCUGCCUCUUGGAUUAAAAGCGAAGGCCCCACUUCCCAAUGCAUCCAGAAUGCGGAGGGUCAGGUUUUCAGUAAUCGCCCUGCGGCCGCCGGUGCGCUCAAAGAUCAUUGGGGCACGAUCUUCGGGGUUCAUCAACCUGCGGACACGUACUGCGAAGCUUUUCAGCAGAAGUAUGGUGACUUUCUUCGUCCUCGCUCUCCGGGCCCUUCUCUCCCUCCGAUAGGGGCCCAAGAACUCAAAGCUUCCCUUAAGAAGAUGAAAGGCAAAGCGGCCGGACUCGACGGCUUCACUCCGGAUUGCUUGCUUUCUCUCCCGGAGACUGGGCUUUCCCAGCUCGCGGAGGUCCUGAACCACUGUGAAUCGGAAGGCCAGUGGCCGGAAAGCCUCACUCAAUGGAGGUUAGUCUUUCUUCCCAAGGGAAAGGGCAUCUGCCCGUCUUUGGAUGAGACCAGGCCUAUCGCUAUCAGCAGUGCGAUUUACAGAGCCUGGGGUCGCUUGAGACUUCUUCAGUUGUCUAACCACUUAGCUCGGGCCCUGCAGCCCUGGCAGGCAGGCGGCUCCAAGGGGGUCGACCCCGAAGUCUUGCUUCUUGCGACUGAGGUCGACUUCCCGGGGGAGACUUACAGUCAUGGCGUGGCUCUUGACUAUCGUAAAGCUUUCGACUCGCUCGACUAUCCGCUUGCGAUAAUUGGCCUCAGGGCCAUGGGAGUGCCAAGCACUGUUCUGGAUCUCCUUGAGAACCAGUGGAAGAGACAUGUGCGAUGGGUCACCUUCGCUGGCGUCACGUGUCCGGAGCCCUUAGAGCUCUGUGCAGGGCUCCCCCAGGGAGAUCCCUGGAGCCCUUUGGGCUUGGCAGCUGUGCUCGCGGCGCCGAAGCAAGAUGCUGCAAGGCAAGCACCGGGCACGGAGUGCCUGUUGUACCUUGACGACAGGACCCUGCUUUCCACGACAAAGGACUCUCUUCGCAUCGCCCUCGACACAUGGGGGGAAUUGGAACAAGUCUCGCGUAUGCGUACUCACGAGACCAAAACCCAGUUUUUCUGUCGGAGCCCUAACUCAGCCGAUACGGCUGACGUGCUCGGAGCUUCGCUGGGCCCCUCAGACCGGCCGCUGACUCAGAAAGAGCUGAAGCGUAAGGGCAAGGCUACCUCUGUAGCAAGUCGUAUCGCUCUGCUCCCAGUUUCUCUGAAGAUGCGCGCGAACCUUUGUGCUACCGUUUUCAGUCCGAUAGCGGCUUGGGCGUGCCUCUUGAACGGUCGAGUCCCGAAAGCAGAAGAGCUCAGUUGGUAUACUGAGACUUUCAGAAGAGCGGUCAAAGGGGGUGAUGCUAAGGGCGACAGAAGCAGCAGAGACCUGCAGCGGCUCCUGUUGCUAGGCCACACGGCAGACCUCUCAGUGGUCGCGGCCUGCAGGGUGCUUAAAGCAGCAGCUAGAUGGGCCUCGUACAAGCUCAGACUCGGUCAGAGACCACAGCGUGCGGCCCUCAUGUCUGCACGACCCGUCAAGGCCGUAGAUGCCAGCUUGCCUGCACCUUGGAAGAGAAGCGGCUCUUGGGGGCGCUGGACCAAUGGGCAAGUCUCAUGGAACAUUCUCGCAGAGAAAACUGAGCAGCAGCGUGCUGCUCAUGAGGUUCGCGAGUCUUGGCGGCUCGUUAGGCUGCAGCGCUGGCUGGCCGCGAACCGCAAUGAUGCUCGUGAUGCUCGCAGUGAGGGCUUACAAGCUUCUAACGCGCUGGUCAAACGCUUGCGCACCAUCGCAGGCCAGGUUGACGGGCACGGCGUCUCCAUCAUGUGCGGGGGCUUUGCCCCUGACGCGCGGUGGACACCGGCUGGUCCGGUGCGCGACAUGUGCUACAGUUGCAUGCAGCCGGUCAGUCCGCACACUAAGCAUGUUUUAUGGAAUUGCGUGGCGCACGCGCACCUCCGCACUGUAAGUGUUCCGGCCUCUCUUCUUGCCCAGCGCUUAGGAUGGGGGUCUCUUGACGUUCCAGUCCAAGAAUGUGUCAGGACUCUUCAGGUCAUGGCACGCAUUCGUGCUGCAGACGUGGCAGGGAGGCGCAAGCGUCCUCCCUGGAGGGAAGGCUGA